UUCAUUGCGGGAGAGUGACUAAAAUUAGAUAAGCCAGAAACGCCUCGCGUGAUUUCAAUUAUUAACAACAAAUAAAUAUUUUAUCUUUAAUUUUAAAAUAUCUGCAAAUUAUUUUAACUGAACAUCAAAUUAAACAGUAUUAUUGAAGAGUUAAGAAUAUUUUAUUUACAUGAAAACAAAAUUAAAAACCCCAAAAGUAAUUAAAAAUUAGCAAGUUUAUUUCCGUUUCCGACGAAGUCAGCCUACUUGUGUUUGUCAAAGCGCCAUUUUGACAUCUCUACUCUCGGCUAACUUCGAUUGUUCAUCUAAGGAAAUCUAUUCUACGACAUUAUCAUCUGCAUUUUAUUUCAACUUCAUCGCAUUACUACAUUCAAGGGAAACUAGACCUGACCAUCUCAACAUGGAGUUGAUGGAGGCCAUUGGAGAAUCAAUCAAAGCUGCUUUGUCUUUAACUCAUGAGGAUACCCUUACAAAGAUUAAAGAUCUCUUGACACAAAUUGGAGUUACAUGUUUGGCUGACCUGAUUCUUGUGAAAGAGGGUGACUUGACACCUGUGCUGAAAAUCAUCCAGGCCCGGAAACUAAUCAGCUUCUGGCAAACGACUGAAGCUCCUGUUCCCUUUGCAGCCAUACAAUCUGCAGUGCCACAUGCAGUGCACCCAACUACACCUCCUGCUUCGACCUCGAGUGAUAGGCAGCCACGUGAAGUUGUGACACAUUUUCGAGAAUGGGAUUACGUGUUCGAAAUGCCCUCAGGUGAUAAAGGAAAGGAAAAGGCCAUCUCCACAACAGCGGCGAGAAUUCGUUAGGAUUGUGGUUGAGAGAAUAGUGUUCAGUGGAUUUCUUAACCCCACUCGCCCACAAAUAAGUGAGGUGUCAAGUAACAUUGUGAGGAUGCACCCAGAGUCCUUCUGCGACAUGGGUGAUGCAGAUGUUCCACGAGGCAGUGGUUACUAUUCACUUGUCCACCAGCUUAAAUCAAGAGUCUUCAGAAAAACAGUCUUCAGAAAAAGUGCCGUUUCUCCCAGUGUACACACUUUAAUAAAGAUGGUAACAGAUUUUGAGUGGGGACUUUAGAUUCAUUGUUUGGAAUUAAUGGUCUAUUAUCAUUAUGAUUGAAGAGUACCGUUUUUUGUGUAAAUAUGUUUACUUUUUUGUACUAAUUGACAAACACUGAUAUAACUUAUUUGACAUUUCUGAUUUAAAAGAAACUUUCUUUGCUAACUUUUGAAAUAAGUAUUUUAAAUAUGAUCUAUCAAAUUUUGUGUGUCUUGUUUAUGAUAUAUGCCUAUAUUAUGAGUAAAUUAAUUAUUCCUCUAAUAAGUUCUCAGUUGUAUAAAUUUUUGCCCUAUUAUUCUUAUUUUGUAACAAAAAUUAAAAAAUCUCAUCAUAGGCAUUAGGUAAUUAUUGUCUGUAACAUGAUGUUUGUGCAUUUUAUUGAAGGGUACUACUUUCUUUCUGGUUAAUUUUUAAAUACUGACAAAUGUAAUGUGUAUUGUUUUACUCUUAG